GCUGCCGGCGGCCCGCGGCGAGCGCCCGCAGAGCCCCGCGCGGGCCGGGCCGGGGGAGGGCCGAGGCGGGGCCGCCGCAGCUCGUGAGGCGCUGCUCGGCAGGCGGCCGCUCCCGCAACUCGGCGCUGGGCUUCGCUCCCCGCGGGCAGCCAUGAGCGACCGAAAGGCGGUGAUCAAGAACGCGGACAUGUCGGAGGAGAUGCAGCAGGACUCGGUGGAGUGUGCCACGCAGGCGCUGGAGAAGUACAACAUCGAGAAGGACAUCGCCGCGCACAUCAAGAAGGAAUUUGACAAGAAAUACAAUCCCACUUGGCACUGCAUCGUGGGAAGGAACUUUGGCAGCUACGUGACUCAUGAGACCAAGCACUUCAUCUACUUCUACCUCGGCCAAGUCGCUAUUCUUCUUUUCAAGUCUGGUUAGCACCGUGGACUCCUCCUGACACUUGCGUCUGGUUACAGGACUGCACACUAAACCCAAACAGCCUGCUACCUUCAGCCUUCCUGGGGAAAGGCCUCAUCUUCAGGUCUUUUGUUGUAUUGUUAAUGGUCAGGGAUUUUACUGUAGUAGCUGUUAUUUUCAUUGUGGCUAUGAAAAUGUCUUCCUUGUAUUUAUUUUCUUUCGAAACACAGCUUCUUUGCUAAUAAAACUACUGGAACAGUU